AUGGACUUUUUCUCUCGAUCCCGCCGGAUUAUCUACUCUCCACAGCCUCUUACAUCUUUCCAUGAGACUCGCUCUGAGGCAUUGAUCAACCCCCAUGGUUAUGCAAUCGUUGAGGACUGCUUGAUUGCGCGAGUAAAAGCUGACACACUCGUGCAUAGUACAUUGUUCCCCGGGAAAAAUCUACCACUAGGUCAGCUAAGCGAUGAAGAACUCCUGGCUAGGUUCACUCGCGGGUUCUUUGGUGGAAUCAUAUUUGCUGCCGAAAGAUUCAUUCUGGCAUCUGAUACACAACCGGCGAAUCCCGGGUUAUCACUGCCAAAGAAUAUAUGGAAAGCCACUGAAAUCCCAAAGACAACACUGCUUCCCUUGGGUUCGAUACUGUUUGGCGCGUUUCAGGUGACACACUCGCAUUUGGUCAAUAAAACAAGGUUGAACCCUACUUCUGAAGGCUUGACAAAAUGGAAAUCCGCCGAGGAGAAAUUUUCAUAUAUCGACUUCGGUUUUGGGAAUGGAAAUUUUGCCGGGUGCCAUAGGCUGUCCGUUCACAGGAAUGACUCCUCAAAGGGUAUCAACUCCAUUACCAAAUGUGCAGACGAUCGUGAUGAUAUGAUAGAAUUUCGUCUAUCAUGUUUCCAUUGCAAUCCAAGAGGAGAAGAAUCGCGUCUCGUAACAAUGCUGUCAGGUUUCCAUCAGGUAUAUGCCAGGCUGCUUUUCACCGACGCAUUGAGGCUUCUGAGCUAG